AUGAAAGUAGUUGAAAACGAUUUGGUUGAGGGCCGAAAUGCCCUUAAUCGCACGUGUCGCGAAAUCCACCAAGCAGCUAAGUACUGCAGCAGCAAUUACCACAAGGCGACUGCAAACGGUCAGCGGCGAGUGAUUGACGAAACCAUGAAGUAUGCCACCCAGUCCCUGGGGACCAUGAUUCAACACCUCAGUCAUCUGGCCACCGCAUUCCUCAGCCUUCUUGACGAACGAACUGAAAAAAUGUCAGAGGUGGAAGAGAAAGUUGCACAACUAACAAUGGAGGUUAAAAUUCGCCGUGAAAAAGUUGCCCGCAAAGCUAUAGGGUCAUGCACCAUCUCAAAAGAGCCCGUUAGGUGUACCUUAACUAAACUCCGACAGGAACCACCCGCGGAGUAUGUGCGCCGUCCCAUAGACUACUCUCUUCUUGAUCACAUCGGACAUGGAGUAAAAACCCAGGAAUCAGUAUCGAGUCCUUACGGGGCACCCACUGCUCAUGCACAAACACUGACGCGCAGGGGAAGUACGUUGACACAUCAGGUUGGUAUGCAUGGUAACACCAUAAACCCCAAAAGCAUGAACUCUAAAUUUGGAUCGGAGUACGCGGCUACUUCUGUGUCUGGUCCGGAGUGCUAUCAAAGUGGAACUCUUGGUCGUACCGCUGGGAUCUAUCGAACAGGAAUGAUGGGUCAAUACGGUAACCCAUACGGAGGGCAGCAACAUCAGGUAUUUGUGUCAGUGGGUAGAAAUCCGCCCGCCACAUCAGCUGGUUACGUGUCGACCACGGGAUCACUAGGCGGACCAUCAAGGCGCUCUAGUAGCUCGUCCGGUAACCAGCCUCGAGCGUCUGGAUAUACGCCCUCCGGGAUACACUUGGCUCAAACACAGCAUCAGGCUGCCCCAAAUGCGGCCGGAUUUGCUAACAGGCAACAAUUGUUUGGGGAUCAGCGGUCGCCAACUCAAGAAAAGACGCCUCCGUCUCAACCUCCGUCCCAGCUGUUUACACGCCAGCACUCAGCACCGGGUGGUGUACCGAUGGGCCCCGUACAGCACCACUUCCCGGGCCAAUAUCAACCCCAAGCCGUGUCACAACUACACUCCGAUGCUAAAAACACUAACACGCACGAUCUUCCCUCAACUGAGGCGGCAGCGUCGGCGAGACCACAGAUGGUGAAUGCAAUGAUGCCGACAACUCAGUUAGAUAACUCGGUGUCCAUUUCGUCUACGGGAGCCAGUCUUGCAGCUCACGUCCAACAACAGUACAAUCAGUCUUCGAACAGUGCCAGCGUGGACAUAAGUCGUCUGCAGCCGGGUCCUAUGGACCACUUAAGACCUCGCCAGCACAAUGACCCCGCAUGGGCUCCGCACCAAUACAUCCAGAAGGUUGUGACAGUGUACGAAUACACCGCAGACAAGGGCGAUGAGCUGACUUUCGGAGAAAAUGAAUUGAUCUACGUGAUUAAGAAAAACGAUGACGGCUGGUGGGAGGGAGUUAUGAUGAAUGGUCAAACCGGUCUUUUCCCUGGCAACUAUGUCGAAGUCAUCGAGUAA